AUGGCUGCUAAUUACUGGGCAUCAACUCAACGCCGACACUGGCUCUUCACGAGAGAGAAGUUGGCAGAGAUUCGGGAGAACUUUAGAGAGCGGGACAUGGUCGCUCAUAGUCAGUUUCCUCUGCCGGAUCAGAGGUUGCUGAACAUCUACUUCAGUCAACCAUCCGAGCUCACCAGACCAACAGAACUCAUCAAAUUGGGGAAACGGAUGUCUACUCGACAACAAGCACUUGCGACAGCGCAAGUCUAUGUCAAGAGGUUCUACACCAAGAACGAGAUUAGACAUACAAACCCGUAUCUUGUCGUCACAACUGCCUUCUAUCUGGCCUGUAAAAUGGAAGAAUGCCCUCAACAUAUUCGUUUUGUCGUCGGAGAGGCUAGAGGUCUCUGGCCAGAGUUUAUUGCCCCAGAUGUUUCAAAACUAGGAGAAUGCGAAUUCUCUUUGAUAUCGGAAAUGAACUCUCAGCUUAUUGUGCACCACCCAUAUCGAACUUUAUCAGAACUCCAACCCGAGCUGUCACUUACGUCAGAUGAAGUUGCUCUUGCAUGGUCUGUAAUCAACGACCACUAUCUCACCGACUUGCCGCUCUUAUAUCCGCCUCACGUCAUCGCUGUCAUGGCGAUUAUCGUCGCCGUGGUCUUCAAGCCCAGCCAAACGAGCUUUCACGGGUCAGCAGCGCCACUGGCCAGCGCGAUGCGCGAUGGGGGGAUGAACAUCCUUGGAGCAUUGGGAGAUAAGGGCGGCAACGGCCCUCCUCCCCGCAUUCAACGACUUAUAGGAUGGCUUGCCGAGAGCGAGGUGGACAUCAAGGCAGUCAUAGAGUGUACUCAAGAGCUGGUGUCGCUUUACGAGGUCUGGGAGCAAUACAGCGAAAAGCAUUGCAAGGAGCUUCUUGGACGGAUGGUGAAGAGCAAGAACCUGGACAAAUGA